AUGUCUAUUAAGCACGUUUUUGACGACGCCAACGGCCUCAUUGAUAAGGCCUUGCUUGGUGCAGUCUCUACCAACCCGGAUCUGCGUCUCUAUGCUCCUCACAAAGUUGUCUAUGACACCACUCAUACUCCUGACAAGGUGGCAAUUCUUGCUGGUGGUGGCGGUGGUCAUGAGCCUACCUUCAGUGGUCUUGUCGGCCGUGGACUUGUGACUGCGGCGGUCUCUGGUGACAUCUUUGCCUCUCCGAGUGCUGCCCAGAUCUGCUCUGGCGUAGACCUAAUCAACAGUGACAAGGGUCUCGUGGUGGUGGUUCUGAACUAUACGGGUGACUGCCUUAACUUCGGUUUGGCUUCAGAGAAGGCACGCGCGGCCUUCUCUGGAGCUGGUAAGGGCCAGGAGGUCGAGAUGGUCAUUGUGGGUGACGAUGUGUCCGUUGGCCGUAGCAAGGGUGGUCUUGUCGGCCGCCGUGGUCUCACGGGUGCUCCGUUUGUGGUCAAGGCUCUUGGUGCUGCCUCUGAGAAGGGAUGGGAUGUCAAGUCUAUCGGCAACCUCGGUCGCUCUAUGGUGAAGAACUUUGUCACUGUUGGCUCUUCGCUGGACCACUGCCACGUGCCUGGUCGUGCCACAAGCGAUGAGGAGCGUGGUGCGCUGGGCCCGAAGGCAGUGGAGAUUGGUAUGGGUAUCCACAACGAGUCCGGUGUGAAGCACAUUGAGAACAAGCCUAGCGGCCCUGAUCUGAUUAAGGAAAUGCUCUCGCUGCUUCUCAACAAAGACGACAAGGAGCGCGCGUUUGUCUCGUUUGAAAAGGACGACGACCCGGUCCUAAUCAUCAACAACCUGGGUGGCAUGAGCAACGUGGAGCUGUCGGCGAUUGUGGCCGAGGUGGUGGACCAGCUGAAGAAGGACUGGGAGCUGAGCCCUGUGCGUGUGUACUGCGGUACCUACGUGACGUCGCUCAACGCCCCUGGAUUCAACAUCUCGCUCAUGAAGCACAAGGAAGUGUCGAAAGACAUUGGUUCCAACGUGCUGGAGCUCAUCGACGCUCCUACUGACGCCACUGGUUGGUCAGGUGUGUCCCAGGGCUGGUCGGACAAGGCCAUUCUCAAGACCCCCGAUGAACACUUGAAGGAGAGCGAGAAGCGCUUGGAGGAGAAGCGCAACACGGGCCAUGCAGUGAGUGGUAGCCUAGUGAGCGGCAAGUCGGCGUCGGCCGGUCCGAAGAAUGGAAACCCGGACAAGGCCAAGGAGGCGCUGUCGAGCCUGUGCCGCGCUGUGAUUGAUGUUGAGCCGACGCUGACCAAAUAUGAUACGGUGGUCGGCGAUGGUGACGCUGGUGAGACGCUUCGCCACUGUGCCGAGGCGAUCCUUAAGGCCGUUGAGGGCAACAAGAUUCAGUGCGACCGCGCUACGGCGAUGGUGCUGGGUAUGACGGAGGUGCUCGAGUCCAACAUGGGCGGCACUUCGGGUGCUAUCUAUGCCAUUUUCCUUACCGGUCUCGUUCAGGGUCUCGUGAAGAGCACUGAGAACACGGAUGAGGAAGCCACUGUCAAGCACUGGGGUUCGGCUGCUGUGCACGCGCUCGAGAGCCUGGGUCACUACACCCCGGCUCGUCCUGGAGACCGCACCCUGGUCGAUGCUCUUGACCCCUUCUGCCGCACGCUGCAGAAGGAGUCUGACAGCGGCAAGAGUGACAAGGAUGCACUGGCUUCUGCCGUCAAGGCCGCGAAGGAGGGUGCGGAACACACGCGCGACCUGACUGCUCGCCUUGGCCGUGCUACUUACGUGGGUGAGACCUCGGAGAAGGUGCCUGAUCCUGGUGCGUGGGGUGUGUGGGCUCUGGUCGAGGGUAUCCUGAAGGCUCUCUAG